AUGCCCCGCGACCGAGAGGCCAACGUUUGGUUGCCUCGCCUGCGCUUCCGGCGACAUCGCGGGCUCGCCUCGCUCGCCGACGUGCUCUCGGGCAACACCUGCCCACCCAUGAGCCUCGCCGACUUCGAACACUACCUCGCCUUCGUCGAGCACUCGCUCGAGAACCUCCAGUUCGUCGUCUGGUAUCGCGACUACCGCGCCCGAUUCUUUGCCCUGCCACCGGACGUCCAGGCCAGGUCUUUCGCCCAGCCUAGCGAGUCGACGACGACCGCUGCGGCCAGUACGUCCGCACGAUGCACGUUCAGGCUCGAAGGUCGACCCGGCGUCGUCAAGAAGCACAGGAGGGCGGAGAGGAGCCAGCGCACGAUCGAGCAGCUUCGCCGGACAUGGCAGGAUCGUCAGGCACUGGGACUCUGGGCGGACGAACAACGCAAACGGAUGGAGCGCGCGCGGCCGUUGCCCGUCAAGGCCUGCGAGCCCAUCGCCGGGCCCAGCAGCAGCUCGGACGGCAGCACAGGGUGUGAGCCGUCGGCACCGCCCAUGGCACGCAUCUCGCCCACCUCUUCCACCUCGUCCUCCUCUCCCUUACAGCCUUCUCCGCCCACCCCCACGCCGCCCACGUCCCCCUUCUCGCCCUCCUUCGAUCUCCUCACCUCGCCCGCUCAGCAACCUUUCCGGUCCGAAUGCCAACUCGUCCUCGCCACCUUCGUCCGCCCCGGCGCGCCAAAGGAGCUCUCGCUCGAGUCGCUCGUGCGCGACACGGUCCUGCGCGAUCUCGCGUGGAAUACGCACCCGGACGCGUUCCUGCCCGCGUACGAGGAGGCCUGGGACGCGCUCGAAUCGCACCUGCUCCCCAACUUUCUCGCGCAUGCGGUGAGCAACAUGAACCGCGCGAAGCAGGCAUUCCUCUACGUCGUCGGCACGUUGUGUCUCCUGCUCUCGAUCGCGGGCGCGGCGCUGCUCGUGGCGCUGGCCGACGAGCGCGCGUAUAGGGGCUUCGUGCUGCCGUUCGCGUUCGCGACCGCCCUGUCGCUCGGCGGCGCGGUGAACGGGAUGUGCAUCGAGCAGUGGACGCGCGGCGUGGCGCAGGUGAGGACGUGGGAGAUGGGAAGGGAGGGCGACGAGCAGGCGGAGACCUGGUGGGCGGGCAGGGUGAACGAGGGUCUUGGGGUUGUGGACGAAGCUAAAGCGGGGGAGGAGGAGAAGGAGGAGAAUACAUUGGCGGAGAUCGCACCCUGGAUGGUCGGAGGAGAGGAAGAGGUGGUGCCGGACGAGUACCAGCGUCCCGCUAUCUUUGGGCCGGAGAAAAUCGUCGUCGACCCACGCAUACGACGGCUGCAGACGCGUGCCGUCUUGUCGAUUAUAAUCGCUUCGUUCCUCUAUGCUAUCGGUUUUGGCGCAGUCGUGCUGGCCCUCCCGCGCAUGCGACAAUGA